AACAUCAGGGUUUCGGAUGUCCCGUGCCAGCGGUAAAGGAUCUCCGCGAGGGAAGUUUCGAGGAGUACUCACGAAACUAUUUUAGUUUGUUCCGUUACUCCGGUUCUGUUUCUUAUGUUUCCGUUACUCCGGUUCUCUUUAGUAAGGGUCCCGGUGCAACUGGACCGUCUCGUGGAGAGAGACUCGAAGAUAGAGAGAAAGAAGUGGAGUAAGUAGCUGAGGAGGGGAGAGGAAUGUGGAUUGGGUGGGAGAGGUAGUGUGUAUUGCAGUUGUGUGUAUGUGGAUGUGUGUGUCUGUGGGGGGGAGGGGGGGGCGAGGUUAGACCCCUCCUCCAUCAGUCUCGGGAAUCGUCUGUCCGGCGAGAGCGCUCGCUGUCCGGCUGCAGAUCAUACCGCUGACCCGCACCGGACCUCCAGAUACAAGUCUACCAGAACCCCAUGAACCGAUCGAGGAACCGAGCCUGAGACCUAGGGGGGCACGUUGAGGAAAGGGUCCGGUCCGGAAGUCCCAUAGGAUCACGACCACUAUUCAACAUCUGUUUUUUUUUAAGGAUCGGUGGUUUUUAAAACGUCCACCGACAACCCGAGACUGGAUUUCUAUUGUCGUUCUACUGGAUUUCGGUUGUGGUCCUACUGGAGUUCUAUUCAAGGUCCACUGGGAGUUCUACUGGAGUUCUGCUGGAGUUAAUAGUGUCGAUCUUCUGGAGUAUGGUUAAAAGUUAUGCUGGAGUCCUAUUGUAGUUCGGUCGUCGUUCUAUUCGAGUUCUGCUGAAGUUACACUGGCGUUCCAACCGGGUUGAAUUGAUUCGAUUUGGAAACGCAUUCGACCGUAGUGUUGUUAUUGGAUACUGUAGCAGAUAGUAUCGGGUCGCUCGGCGCCUGCUGGGUGCUGGUGGGCUCUGAUGAGGUCCGUGGGGCGGACGGAGCGUGAGGCCAGCUGAUGGCGCCUCGAGGCGCGCGAGGCGCCGGGACCGAGGCCGUGCUGCGGCUCCUGCUGCUGCUGGGCUCGCUGUGUGCGUACGGGGCGGAAGAAGAGGUGGUGUUGAACACCAAGCUGGAGACCUCAGAUCUGCAAUGGACCGGCUUUCCUAACGAUGACCAACAGUGGGAGGAGGUGAGCGGUCGUGACGACGAUGCCAACAGUGUACGGACCUAUCAGAUAUGCAGCCCUGCCAGCGCCAGUUCCUAUUGGCUGAGGACACGCUGGAUCCCCCUCAAGGCUGAGACCGUUCUCUACGUAGAAAUACGGUUCACCAUGAUGGAAUGUUCCAGUCUGAACUACCGUCAAUGUAAAGAAACGUUCAACCUUUACUACUACCAGAGUCCCACGGACAACGCCACGCUCACACAGCCCAUGUGGAUGGAGAACCCCUACACCAAGGUGGACACGGUGGCUGCGGACCACCUGUUGAGGCGUGGGGGGGAGCGGCGGUCUAAUCUGAAGACCCUGCGGGUGGGUCCAGUGGGGUCGGGUCCAGGGGGGGCCACCAGGGGGGUGUACCUGGCCUUCCAGAGCCAGGGGGCCUGCAUGGCCCUGCUGGCGGUGCGGGUGUACUACAGGAAGUGCCCCGCCCUCAUCCACUCCUUCACCAGCUUCCCGGAGACCAUCCCACACACACUGGUGCAGCAGGCGCUGGGUGUUUGUGUGGAGAAUGCGGGGACCCCCUCUGGAGAGAAGACGAGCCGUCCCAGCAUGCUUUGCGGUGAGGACGGCCAGUGGGUCGGGAUGGGGACCGUCUCCUCCAGCUGUGCCUGUCGCCCUGGUUACGAAGCCAACCCGUCACAUCUCAGAUGUCGAGCCUGUCAAUCAGGUCAGUUCAAGGCUGUUCCAGGAGUGGCUGGCUGUAGUGUCUGUCCAGCGAAUAGCAACACUCAAAUCCCAGGCUCCACCUACUGCUUGUGUCGCCCUGGUUACCAUCGGGCUGACUCUGACCCGCCCCACCUGGCCUGUACACGCCCCCCUUCCAGCCCGAGGCGGGUGGUCAGUCAGCUGAACCUCACCAUGGCAACGCUGGAGUGGAGUGAGCCAAUGGAACGUGGCGGCCGGAGUGACCUCACAUACAGCAUCCUGUGUUCCUCCUGUCCUCACGACCAGGUCUGUGGGACCUGUGAGGAUAGUGUGAUGUUCCAACCCGCACAGCAGGGUCUGACCCUGAGGCGAGUGUCCAUCUGGGGUCUGAAGCCUCACACCACCUACUCCUUCCGCGUCCAAUCCCUCAACGGGGUCUCCUCUCUCAGCCAAUCCGAGCCGGCCUCCCAGACGGUCAACAUCACCACCAGCCGAGAUGUGCCAGCUCCAGUAUGGGGGGUGAGGAAGAUUUCCUCAUCAGAGAGCAGUCUGACCUUAGAGUGGGGUUCCCCCUCAUCCCAUUCUCAUCUUCCUGACUUGACCAUCCUCAACUACCAGACCCGCUAUGCAGUAGAGGGCUCUGAUUGGAUGUACAGCCUGAGUGACAGCUCCUCUAUCAUACUGUCUGGGCUCCAGCGCUCCAGCAGCUACAGGGUCCAGGUCCGAGCUCGGUCCCAGGCUGGCUACGGACCCUUCAGCCCAGCCACCAGCUUCUCUACCCAGCCUGAAGGAGGUCAUGUCCACCGGUGGGUCGUUUGGAUAUCUGUUUCCAUGGCAAUAAUCCUACUCGUUAUCGCGGCAAUAGUUGCUGCGUACUUUUACAGGAGGAGGAAGAGAGAACGUGAUCAUGACAUGAACAACAAACAAGGACAUUAUCUGAUGGGACACACGAUGAAGGUGUACAUCGACCCCCUGACGUACGAGGACCCCGGGGAGGCAGUCCGGGAGUUCACCCGGGAGAUCAACCCCUCCUACGUCAAGAUAGAGGAGGUCAUAGGAGCAGGUGAGUUUGGGGAGGUGUGUCGGGGGCGUCUGCGGGCGCCCGGCAGGAAGGAGAACUACGUGGCCAUCAAGACUCUGAAGGGGGGGGUGACGGACAAGCAGAGGCGGGACUUCCUGUCUGAGGCGUCCAUCAUGGGCCAGUUCCAGCACCCCAACAUCAUCCACCUGGAGGGGGUCACCACCUCCCCCACCCCCUCCUCCCCCGUCAUGAUCCUCACCGAGUUCAUGGAGAACGGAGCGCUGGACAGCUUCCUGAGGCUGAAUGACGGUCAGUUCACCACCAUCCAGCUGGUCGGGAUGCUGCGAGGCAUUGCCUCAGGGAUGAAGUACCUCUCAGACAUGAGCUACGUUCACCGGGACCUCGCCGCCAGGAACAUACUGGUCAACGCCAACCUGGUCUGCAAGGUGUCUGACUUUGGUCUCAGUCGGUUUUUGAGGGAAAACUCCUCGGAUCCAACAUACACCAGCUCCCUGGGCGGAAAGAUCCCCAUACGCUGGACGGCUCCGGAGGCCAUCGCCUACAGGAAGUUCACUUCAGCCAGCGAUGCGUGGAGCUACGGGAUCCUCAUGUGGGAAGUGAUGUCAUAUGGAGAACGACCAUAUUGGGACAUGAGCAACCAGGAUGUGAUCAAUGCUAUAGAACAGGACUUCCGGCUCCCCCCCCCUCCAGAGUGCCCUGUGUCUCUGCAUGCUCUCAUGCUGGACUGCUGGCAGAAGGAACGAGCCAAUCGGCCCAAGUUCUGCUCGGUGGUGGCAGCUCUGGAUAAGCUGAUCAGAAGCCCCGCCUCCCUGAAGAUCACUCACCCCGACGGAGCUGGCUCGUCCCAUCCCCUGUUAGACCAGAGGCGGCAUCCUCCUCUCUCUCUCGGUGGUUCGGUGGGCGAGUGGCUUGGGGCGAUCAACAUGUCUCGUUAUGAGCACAGCUUCCUGCAGGCUGGUUUCACCACUCUGGACACUCUGGUUUCCAUGGAUACACACGACCUCCUGAGAGUGGGCGUCACCCUGGCGGGUCAUCAGAAGAAGAUCCUCUCGUCCAUUCAGACACUCAGGAAUCACAAAGCCACACCCACUCUGCCCUUCUGAUGGAUUCACCUGGCGGGAUGCUCCCCGCUCAGCCAAUCACAGCUCAGGAAACACAAUGAGUGAAAAACUCUUCGUCAGCAUACAUCCGUCUCUAGCUAACCUGCAGCUAGCAGACCGAUGACAUCACCACUGAUGCCGGAGCCAAUCAGGAAUGGACUGACCAGAUCGGUGCAAUGGAAACGUCUCAACCAUAUAUAUGACUUGUUGCUAUGGAACCGUCUGAACCACAUAUAUGACUUGUUGCUAUGGAUAUACGUCCGAACUGUGUCUAUGGGUAAUUACCUUGGAAACAUCUGAACCGUAUAUAUAAGACUUGUUGCUAUGGAAUUGUUUGAACUGUAUCCAUGGCUUGUUGCUAUGGAAACAUCAGAACUGUAUCGAGUUGCUUGUUGCUAUGGGAACAUGUGGAUGUUGCUAUGGCUUGUUGCUUUGGAAACCUGUGGACCGUAUCCAGUGUUUGUUGCUAUGGUAAUAUCCUGACUGUACCUAUGGCUUGUUGCCAUGUACAAUUGGACCAGUAACCUAGCACAAGUCAGGGCCUGCAGCCGGGGCUGGAGCUGUGAACGAGCCAUGGCCCAGUGCAUUGUGGGUGUGUGUCUUCACAUUGAAGGCAGUUUAUGUCUCUAUUAGUUUUAUACCUGAUAUUGAUUAUUUUUAAUGAUGUAUUAUUAUAUGGUUUUUAUUUUACUGUACUACCUUUUAUACAAACCCAAUAAAUACCACUUCUACUGUG